AUGAUUGAUAAUGGCAGCAACGGUACGAGUCGUGAUGGAAAUAAUUCGGGCAAUACAAAUGCUGGAUUAUUGGUCCAAGAACUUGGUGACCAGAGUGUGCUGGCCAAUCUGCUCACUAACAUUUUGGGCAGACAGCAAGAGACUCAACAACGUCAAAUGGAUAUUCUGGAGCGCGUUGUAAAGAAUGAUAGCCACCGGAGUGGAGUUGGGGAAUUUCAAAAACUCAAGCCGCCCUCAUUCUCCGGGACUGCUAAUCCGCUUGAAGCGGAAGACUGGAUCACCGCUAUGGAGAAAGCAUUUGAGGCUAUGGGCUGCACCAACGAAGAGAAAGUCAUUUAUGCAGUUUAUAUGCUAAAAUCAAGCGCUUUUGAAUGGUGGGACGCUCACAAAAAGUCUUACCCGGAGGGUACUCCCCUGACAUGGAUAUUGUUCAAAGAGGCGUUCUAUAAAAAGUAUUUUCCAGAAAGCAUCAAACGCAUCAAAGAAAGGGAGUUUCUUGAGCUUAAACAAGGGAACAAAUCUGUAGGAGAAUAUGAAAUUGAAUUCUCUAGACUUGCAAGAUUUGCUCUAGAGUUCGUCCAGACUGAUGGCUCCAAGGCUCGACGCUUCGAGAGCGGUCUACGUCAACCACUUAAGCGGCGUGUGGAAGCCUUUGAGUUAAAUACUUUUAGAGAUGUGGUGAAUAAAGCCCAGUUGUUGGAAAAGGGAUUUCAAGAGGAAAAGGGUGAUGCUGGAAAAAUCUUGUUUGAUUCUGGUGCCACCCAUUCAUUUGUUGCUACAAAAUUCAUGAGUAAACAUCAUAUCCCUAGCAGUACGCUAGAAGGGUCUAUUUAUGUUGAGACACCUAUAGGAAGCAGAAGUACGAAUUUAAUUUGCACUUCUUGUCCCAUUGAGAUCAUGGGAUGGAAGUUUAUGGCGGAUCUUAUUGUAAUGGAAAUGCAAGAUUUUGACAUAAUACUUGGCAUGGACUGGUUGCAAGAGUAUAGAGCCACUAUUGACUGCUAUGAAAAACAAAUUACACUCAGACUUGAUGGUCAAGUAGAGAUUGUGUAUCAGGGUGAUAAAAAGAGCCAGUCACGGACUCUUAUGACAAAAUUAGACAAGAAGGAAAUCAAUAUCAAGGAUAUUCCAGUGGUAAAUGAAUUUCCUGAUGUCUUUCCGGGAGAGUUGCCGGGACUACCACUGGAUCGAGAAAUUGAAUUUGCUAUCUUAUUGAUCCCGGGAACCAAACCAAUCUACAAGGCACCUUAUAGGAUGGCACCUGCGGAACUUAAGGAGCUAAAAGUACAACUCAAAGAGUUGGAGGAUAGGGGUGAUAUCCCCAAGACCGCUUUUCGCACCCGCUAUGGACACUAUGAGUAUCUAGUGAUGCCCUUCGGUUUGACCAAUGCUCCUGCGGCUUUCAUGGAUUUAAUGAAUCGAGUCUUCAAGCCUUAUUUGGAUCAAUUUGUGAUUGUGUUCAUUGAUGAUAUUCUUAUAUAUUCAAAGACGGAGGAAGAGCAUUCAAUGCAUCUAAAAAUUGUGCUACAAAUACUGCGGGAACAUAAAUUAUAUGCCAAGUUAAAGAAAUGUGAUUUCUGGAUGAAUAAAGUUCCUUUCCUUGGCCAUAUAAUCUCAGAAGAAGGGAUAUCAGUAGAUCCUGCAAAAGUUCAAGCGGUGGCAGAGUGGCAAAGGCCCUCCACUGUAACUGACAUUCGAAGUUUCCUUGGGCUGGCGGGGUACUACCGCCGAUUUAUAUUGAACUUUGCAAAAAUUGCUGCACCUUUGACUCAUCUAACAAAGAAGGGAAUUAAGUUUGAGUGGUCAGAUGAGUGUGAGAAAAGCUUUCAAGAAUUAAAGAAUCGACUUGUCUCAGCCCCAGUUCUUGCUUUGCCUGUCGGUGGGGAAGAAUUCACCAUCUACUGUGAUGCCUCAAAAAUUGGGCUUGGGUGCGUACUUAUGCAAAGGGGGAAAGUUAUUGCUUAUGCAUCUCGCCAGCUAAAACCAUAUGAACAAAAUUAUCCAACUCAUGAUAUGGAGCUAGCAGCGGUAAUUUUUGCUCUAAAAAUCUGGAGGCAUUAUCUUUAUGGAGAACAUUGUGAGAUAUUUACUGAUCAUAAAAAUUUGAAAUAUAUAUUCACACAAAAAGAGUUGAACAUGAGGCAAAGAAGGUGGCUAGAAUUACUGAAGGAUUACGAUGUUAAUAUUAACUAUCACCCAGGAAAAGCCAACAUAGCAUUGGGAACAAAAUUGGACUUUAGUACUGCAUAUCAUCCGCAAAGCGAUGGACAAACCGAACGAGUAAAUCAAAUUGUGGAGGACAUGCUCAGGUCAUGUAUUUUAGAAUUUAAGGGAGCAUGGGAUGAAUAUAUGCCUUUGGCCGAGUUUGCAUACAAUAACAGUUAUCAAUCAAGUAUUCAAAUGGCCCCUUACGAGGCUUUAUAUGGUAGGAGGUGUCGAGCGCCGAUUUAUUGGGAUGAGGUUGGAGAAAGAAAGUUUUUAGGACCUGAUAUAAUUCAAGAAACUGAAGAAAAAGUAAGGCUUAUACGCGAGCGACUCCGAACUGCACAGAGUAGACAAAAGAGCUAUGCUGACAAUAAAAGAAGAGAUUUUCACUUGGAAACAUGA